AUUUCCAUCACGAAUGCGUUGCGCGUUGAGGCACUUCACCAUGGCGGCGGCAAUUGCCGCUGUUCAAGCAUGCACGGUGAUUGUUGCCGGCAAGAAUGCAACCGUGGAUGGCACCGUGCUCGUAGCCCACACCGAGGACACGGGACUUGGGGCAAUGGACUUGCGCUUGGUGCGUGUUCCCGCGAUGGACCACGCCGAUGGGUCUACCCGCAGCAUUUACUCAUACGCUCGUCCAGGAUAUCCUCGCGUUGUAACUAACGAACGCGGUGACUGGUACAAACCCGUGGACGAUCAAUCGUUGUCGACGCCGCUUGGCCGCAUCCCUCAAGUCCAGCACACGUUUGCGUAUUUUGACCAGGACUACGGACUCAUCAACGAGAAGCAGCUGGCCAUCGGUGAAAGUUCGUGUGGCGCCAAGACUGUCGGGUGGCCAUUGGGGCAACCUGGAGGAAAGAACUUGUUUAGCAUCAACGAACUGACGAAGAUUGCCCUCGAGCGGUGUGACAACGCGCGAUGUGCAGUCAAAACGAUGGGCGACCUAGCCGUCGAGUACGGCUUCUACAACGACUUUAACGGCAACUCAACGCACCCUGUGUACAUGAGCUCGGGCGAAGCGUUGGCGAUUGGGGACAAGUACGGCGAAGCGUGGGUAUUCCAUGUCCUGACCGGGCCUGACAACAGCAGCGCCGUCUGGGCUGCACAGCGCAUCGAGGAUGAUCACGUGUCAGCCAUCGCGAACGGCUUUAUCAUCCGCGAGAUGGACUUGGCCGACAGUACUCGAUUUCUUGCGUCGACGAAUGUCCACACGUUUGCACGGGACCAGGGUUGGUGGGACCCCGACAUCGAUGGCCCGUUUGACUUCACGGCUGCGUAUGGGUAUUCCAAGGAAGGCCCGCUUCUUCCGCUGUACGUCGGCCGCCGUCUGUGGCGCAUAAUGGACGUCGUGGCGCCGUCGCUGGAGCUUCAUCCCGAGCUGGGAUUCUACCCGACGGUGGCCACAUACCCCUUGUCGGUCCGACCCGACCACCCGAUCUCUGUCACGGACGUAUUUGCCCUCCUUCGGGACCACUACGAAGGCACGCCUUUCGAUUUGACACAAGGCAUCGCAGCAGGUCCGUGGGGCAACCCAAAUCGCAAUGGUGGCACCACACAUGGCAUUGACGGCGGCUGGGAGCGCGCCAUUUCGCUUGAGCGCACCGUAUACAGCUUUGUACAUCAAACAUCCCCUGCCGCUCCAUUUGAUGCGAUCGGCGGAGUCAUGUGGUACGGCCUGUCGUCUCCGCACGGCGCUGUCUACGUUCCUUUUUCGUGUGCGCAAUCCACAGUACCUACGUCCUACACGACUGUGCUCCAGAGCCAGUACAGCCGCGAGUCGGCGUGGUGGGCGUUCAACUUCGUGAACAACUGGCUAUCGUUGCGGUACAACGUAAUGUACCCCGAAGUGCUGGCCAAGCUCACGGCACUUCAAGAGGAUGCGAUCGAUCGGUACAAAGCGUCUCGGCGUUAUUUGACGGACCACGCGUCGACCAUGGCUGCGACGGAUGCCAUCUCGUAUGUCGAAGCCGCGCACAAUGCGUUUGCGGCAGACGUCGUGGCAGCCUGGUGGUCGUUUAGCGACCAUCUCGUGAGCACGUACAACGGUGGCGCGAUCGUCUCGGGCGAAGAUGUAGCGAACCAAGUCUCGAUUCCUUACCCCAAGUGGUGGAUUCAAAUCACGCAGUUUUCAGUGUGGCCAGGCAAUUCGCUCCAUGUGCCCGUGUCUCUCCGCGCCAAGUACCACAUGAACGAUGGGACUGGGCUUGGGGUUUCGGUCGUCCUUAUGGGGAUCUCCGUCGUGGGGCUCAUUGCCAUGGGCGCCAUUCUCUUCGGACAUCGGCGGCAUCGCCAGUACAUGCAAUUACCCUGAGGGGACAUUUGAACCAUGUGACGAAUUGUGUACAUCCAUGGAAGUUGCGGGGAGAUCCUUCCCUGUAAAAUAGGCGAAAAUAAUGGCAAAACAGCCUCCAUUUUUCU